CACCUGUGAGGGGGCCGCUCCACCCGCCCUGGUGUCAUGGCCCGGCAAGGGGACGAGGCUCAAACGGCAAAGCCGUUAAUUGGUGGGCAGAGCAUCGUGCAAGCAGCAGACGCAGGAAAACAUGAAGCUGUCAUCCAGCAUUUGCAACAAGAUCCAGAACAAGUACGGAUGGCAGAUCGUGAUGGAUUGACAGCGCUGCACCAUGUGGCACGGAAAGGCAAUAGCUUGUUGGCAAAGGAUUUGCUCCGACAUGGGGCAGAUGUUAAGGCAACUGAUCAGUGGGGCAUGACCCCGCUCCACAGGGCAGUGGCCAAAGGUCACGCAGCCGUGGUGGAGCAACUGCUGCACGCAAGGGCCGAGCUCCGAGCAAAGAACGCACGAGGCCUUACAGCUGCAGACUUUGCAAGAGCCCACAAUGACGACAAGAUCAGACAAAUUUUGGCAUCUUUCGCUUCGCAAUGAUCUGAGGUGGGGGGUUCUUGGGAUUGUCAAAGACAGAGCUCAUAGGAUUCUCGCCGCAGGUCAGAAAA